AUGCAUUGUUCUAAAUCAAGCAGCAGCUCCACUACUGGUCCGGGGCGUCACCCGACCUAUCGGGGUGUAAGGCGCCGGAGCAAUGGAAAAUGGGUGUCAGAAAUUCGAGAGCCAAAGAAGCCUAAUAGAAUCUGGCUAGGCACAUUUCUCACACCAGAAAUGGCUGCGGUUGCCUAUGAUGUCGCUGCACUAGCUCUCAAGGGUCAAGACGCUGAGCUCAACUUCCCCAACUCGGCAUCUUCAUUGCCUGUGCCUGCUUCCAACUCAUCAAGAGAUAUCCAGGCCGCAGCAGCCUCUGCUGCUGCUGCUAUAAGUGCAGCUGCCGCGGCCAUGGGAGUAGGAAAUCUUGCUACCUCUAGCUGGCCGAGUACUGAGAGCAGUCAUGGGCAUAUGCUAAAUGAUCACGAAUUUGUCGAUGAGGAUCUGAUCUUCGAUAUGCCUAAUGUUCUAAUGAAUAUGGCAGAGGGAAUGCUUCUUAGUCCUCCGCGCUUGGACAUAGCAGGUGAUCAUGAUGCAUUAGCCACUGAAGAACAUGGCACCCUUUGGAAGUUUAAUUAG